AUGGUGUUAUCAGCAAAGGAUGCAGCCUACCUUAUUGCUAAAAGGGAACACCUUGGAAAACUGGUUUUGUCAGUCAAAGGAACUGUUACAGCACUGAGUGACGUGACAAGAGCUGGCAAGAAUCAGAUGGUUUUGGUAGAAGUGGAUAAAUGCAUUAUUCUUGUUAUUAAGGACCUCCACCUGGGAUGGCAUUCAGUACUUGAAGUCGGAGAUGUGUUUCUCUUCCAAAAUCUCAGGUUGACAACACUUGAAAAG